AUGGUUAUUGAUGUCCUUUAUCCUGGAAAGGCAACAGUACCUAAGACAGAAAUUCAGGAAAAAUUAGCCAAAAUGUACAAGACCACACCAGAUGUUAUAUUUGUAUUUGGAUUCAGAAUCCAUUUUGGUGGUGGUAGGGCAACUGGCUUUGGCAUGAUUUAUGACUCCCUGGAUUAUGCAAAGAAAAAUGAACCCAAAGACAGACGUGCAAGACAUGGUCUCUAUGAGAAGAAAAAGACCUCAAGGAAACAGCGAAAAAAAAUGCCAAGAACAGAAUGA